AUGGGGGUACGGUCAGUAACACAGUCUAACUACGCUACUCGACUUAGCCUAACGGACUCUCUGACCGAAGACCGUGAAGAUAAUAAAGGUCAAGGAGAAGCCAAAGCUGAAGACCAAAUCAAAGCCGUCUCCAGAGAGCAACACUGCAUGCGUGAUCAAGCCAUGACACGUGGCAACAUCGAGAUUGUGGCUGAAUUGGACAACGGUAACAGUGACAGCCAAGGCCGAACCAAGGACUUUGAGAGAUAUAUUAGGUGGGAGGACCUGAAUCACAUAGGACACCUU